CGACAAGGGGGAGGAUACUAGUUGUAACGAUUCGAUGGGCCUGGCUGAAAUUGUGAUCGAUUUCUGGAAAAGCAUUGGUUAAUGAUCUUCGUUGAACUCGGUCUUAUCGUUGUUUACCUUGUAGGGUCAGGGUGAUAGAUUGUUCAAGCUUUUCCAAUUCCUCAGUUAGCGUCAAGGGACGCUGGGACGUGGACGAUGGCCGAGACAUGUUCGCUGUCAAUGAGCUCUUACAUGUAUAGCAACAGCAGUGGUGGUGGUAAACAGAUGCUCAAUCAAGCACAAUGUUGAUGUCCGACACGGAGGGGAAAAACAACGGAAUGCCCAAAGCGGAUGGUAGGGUUUCCGGAUAAGGGCUGUGUUGACGUCACGUGGCGGGCCGCGGGGUGCCGCGCAUCUGAUGACGCUCACAUCGCCUUCCUUUUACUUGGCUGCCUGGCAUGGUCAGUUAGAGGAGGGAAGCGACACAAUUUGACCACGGGAGGUCAAGAUGCCAACACCGGUUGCAAAAGGAAUAAUUAUCACUGUUUCAGCCCUUGUUGCUGCGGGCAUUGCAGUUUAUGAAUCGCCUCAGUUUCGAGAAUGGGUCAACACUUCGCGACGCAAGAUUGCCGUCGCAUUGCAUAAUCUCGGCGAUGAGAUCCACCCUCGAACGUCUGCCUCACCUACGAGGCAAGAUAUAUCUAUGACUGAAGAGCUGGGUCCGGAAGCUGAAGAGCGUAGGCGGAUAGCAAGGGAAGAGCUCCAACGACGACGUUCUGUGCUCGAGGAACACCGAAAAAGAAGGGAAAGUGCCCCGGCAGGAUCGUUCGAUGCGCUUGUUGAUGAUAAUGGCUGUUUGCUUCGGACUGACAGCCCAGAACCUCCUCGAGGACUGGGUAAGGGUAGCUCUACCGCCGUAGAGAUGACAGCAUCCCAGGCUAUCCAGCGCGGUAAACAUAAUGCUUCUCCGACUCCUAUGGCCGAAACGCAGACUACUGGCACAGCUCUUACGAGGCAGAACCUGCAAGUGGCGAUACCAGCAGCUGCAGGUGCGGCUGCAGCUUCUGCGACACUUAUUGACUACACACCUACUUCCGAGACAUCAGGUAUGGACUUCUCAUCGUCUACACUGAAUCCUACCGAGGAGGUCGAGCGACCCCUUUCACGGUCGUCGAGUCAUACCGAGGGUUAUUCAGAAAUACUUUUUGCUCAUCCGGGUCCUUCGCCGAAUGAGAUUGGCCGCGAUAUGAGAUCACCGUUCUCCGAUCUGUCGGAUUUGGAUUCUACUGGCGCCGAACACCACGAGCGACCGUCUACGCCGUCAACGGCUGGUAGCUUCAGUCAGAUUUAUGAAUCCGCUGCGGACGAAUGGUCAGAUGGCACGUUGAGUGACCAUGGACGGUCGACGCAAGGAGUCGCCACCCCAGCCAGCUGGUCGGAGGUGGGCAGCGUAGUCAGCAACGAGGAUUUGCACAAUCGCUUGUAGGCAUGUGGGAAAAUUUCUAUAGAAUAAUUCCGAUAUUGGACAGGCUUGCUUGGAGGAUGGCGCGGUAUGGACGGGACGGGUGUCUCGGAGUUCUUUCGAUUUUUGCUGAUUAUGCUGCAAUUUCACAUGGCUUUGUAGAAUUUAAAUUUAGUCCAAGCUUCCAUACAUCGCUUUAGUUUAGUUGCAGACUAAAAACCAAUCCAAGGAGCUUGGCGAUUAUUAAUGAUUUAAUGGUCGGAUUAAUCUUAGUCUGGUUAAGGGUUAGUUAAUAUGGGGAAAGCAGAACGAGCCUCGGCUCUUCCUCGGUUGCUGGUGGAAAAGGUCGCCUUCGCUCU